GAAAAAGUAUAAACAAGAGCAUAUAACGCAUAAAACCUUUUCAAAUUCAUGUUUAUUUUGUAUCUUUAUAAAGAUUUAUAAAUGCUUUAAAAUUGGAGUAACAAUGAUUGAAAUUGAAGACGUAAUCGAUCCCACUCCGACUAACGAAGAUUCCAAGAAAAUCAGUGCCAUCGAUAGGGAUACUGUACACAAGAUAUGCUCCGGUCAGGUAGUGCUCAACCUGGCGACGGCCGUGAAGGAACUGGUGGAGAAUUCCAUCGAUGCCGGAGCGACGGUCGUCGAGAUAAAGUUGAAAGAGCAAGGAGCCGAACUGGUGGAAGUAGCCGACAAUGGCAGUGGGGUCGAAGAGAAGAACUUUGAAGGACUAACAGCCAAGUACCACACAUCGAAACUAAAGGAGUUUUCGGAUUUGGCCAGCAUCGCGACGUUCGGCUUUCGUGGGGAGGCAUUGAGCUCCCUGUGCGCAUUAUCCGAUAUGGCAAUCACCACAAAACAUGAAACGGCACCCCACGGAAUCAGGCUUGAAUUGGAUCAUCGCGGAACUAUCGUUAAGAGGACUCCCUGUGCUAGGGCGGUGGGAACCACGGUUACUCUAUCCAAUCUAUUUUCGACACUUCCGGUAAGGAAGAAGGAAUUCCAGAAAAAUAUCAAACGGGAGUUUAUCAAGAUGUGCCAGAUUUUGCAAGCAUACUGUUUGGUUUCGGUUGGAGUCAGAAUUAUCUGCACGAAUCAGAAUAAGCAGGGUGUUAAAAGUGUGAUUAUGAGAACGCAAGGCACGGACUCGGUACUGGACAAUAUAACGACUGUAUUUGGGGCUAAGCAAUCGUUGGAACUUCUUCAACUGAAACCGGCCAUAAGCAACAGUGGCAAGAUUAUGGAUCUCAACGAAAGUGAUUUCGACGACAGUUUAUCUCUCACGCAGGAAGAAGUGGAUAGUUUGAAUUUAUCCAGAUUCACAAUUGAUGGGUACGUUUCCAGUUGUGCUCACGGUUCGGGACGAUCAUCAAAAGAUCGGCAAUUUUUCUUUGUCAAUUCAAGACCAUGUGAACCUAAGUCGAUCAUGAAGCUGGUGAAUGAAACCUAUCAUAAGUACAAUGCAAACCAAAAUCCCUUCGUGUAUCUCAAUUUGAAAAUGGAUCGGUCGGAUGUAGAUAUCAACCUUGCACCAGACAAACGGCAAAUUCUGGUGAAUAAUGAAAAAAUUCUGCUGUUGGCUCUCAAAAAGUCGUUGCUGAAAACGUACGAAGACAUUCCGUCAACCUUCAAGAUGCAAAAUUUGGACGUUAGCGCGACUACGCGGUUGUUGAACAUUUCCGUAAAAUCGACAGACGGUGGCGAAGAUUCGCUUGAUGAAAGCAUGGAAACUGCCAAUCCCAGAAGACUGUUGGCAGCGUUUGGUCACAGAAGCGCGGCUGCGAAAUCUAAUGGUGAAAGUUCCUUGGAAAAGAUGGUCGCUGGGAAGCGGAAACGGGACGAAAACGGAUAUACGCUGAAGAUGCAUGAUUUCGUAAGUGUGAAUCCCAAGGCUCUAUCGAAUGGAAACGGUAGAGUGGUGUUGAGUGAUGAAGAAAGUACGGAGAAAUUGCCAAAAGUGGCACGGAAUUCAACAUUGAUUGAGAACGUGUUAGAGGAAAAUCCUACAUGUCCGAUUGACGACGAGAAGGAAGCUAAGUUAAUGAUUCUGAACUCGUCGGGCAUCGUUGGAAGUUCUACUCCCAAAGCCUCACAUUCCCCUGAAGAAAAUGUUCAUCUCAUCAGAUGUCGUACUGAAAUCCCGGUCGAUGACAGACCUAAAUUGAAAUUCGAGGAGAUUUCGUGCAACGAGAUAGCUCCUAAUGCUACAGCUCCGAUACGUGAUGCACAAUUCAUGAUGGAGAUAUCAACCCCGAAGCGCGAAAUAGGAAUAAAAAGUCCUACGAAGGAUUUUAAAGUGGAAGUGAUAGAACUGGACCAACCCUCUUUCAGAGAUUCCUUUCAAGAAACCACUAAGAAGAGCUUGGACAUCGAUAUGUCUUCAUUGAAGAAUUUGAUUGACCAGGAGCACCAGAUGGCACAGCAAGAGGCAUCAGAUCGCAGUGCAUCGCUUAGUAGACUCAAGUUCAAAAGUAAAAUCAAUCCUUCCAGCAAUCGUUCCGCCGAAGACGAACUCGAAACAGAAAUAUCCAAGGACAAAUUUGCUCAGAUGGAAAUCAUUGGACAGUUCAAUCUUGGUUUCAUCAUUGCACGGCUUGAGCAGGAUCUGUUUAUCGUAGACCAGCAUGCCACCGACGAAAAGUACAACUUCGAAGACUUGCAACGGACAACAGUGCUGCAGAAUCAGAAACUAGUCGUUCCACAGCAGCUAGAACUGACGGCCGUCAACGAGAUGAUUUUGAUGGACAAUCUGGAGAUAUUCGAGAUGAAUGGGUUCAAGUUCGAGAUUGACGGAUCGGCGGAACCGACCAAGAAGAUCAAACUGGUCGCCAAACCUUUCAGCAAAAAUUGGGAAUUUGGUAAGGAAGAUAUCGAUGAGUUGAUAUUCAUGCUGCAGGAUGCACCGAACACGGUUUGCCGGCCAUCCCGGGUCCGAGCCAUGUUUGCUUCCAGAGCCUGUCGCAAGUCGGUUAUGAUCGGGAAGGCGCUAUCCAUGGCGGAGAUGAAGAAGCUGCUGAGUCACAUGGGAGAAAUUGAACAACCAUGGAACUGUCCCCACGGUCGACCAACGAUGCGGCAUCUCGUGAAUCUGUCAAUGAUAAAGCAUGGUGAACUGACUGAUCAAAACGUCGAACAGUGAUCUCGGGGGUGUGUU